CAGAGUAUCAAGAAUAAAUUUGAUUUCUUUGCAAACUUCGAAAAAGCUCUUAAGAAAAUCUUCAGCAAUCCUAAUAAAGAAUGCAUUACAGCUCAGCAGCUCUUAAAUCUCAAGCAAACUAAGUUAGCUUCUGCUUAUAUAAUUAGAUUCAAAUAG